UUGACAUUUUUGAUCUCGAAUUAUUUAACCGACUGUAAAAAUAUUCAUUGAUAAACAAAAUCGAAUUUACCAAAGCAAAAUAGAAAUUACUAAGGUUGUUUUGUUGCCUAUCACAUAUAUUUCGUUCGUUACGUAUAAUACAUUUUCUUGUAACCUCAUACCUAGUUGCUACUUGCUCUUUUAUUAUGGAAAAGCAUGACAUAGAAAUAGUUGCUGAACAUUCGAACUUAACCACUAUUGAAAUUAAUCCAUCAGUCUCCGAAAAUGUUGAUUUGGAAAAGGAGACCAGCAAUGACGAUGUGAGCAACAGUAUUCCACUUUUUGCACCCGAUGACGGGCCUAAAAUAUAUAACAUCCAGGAUGAUUUCGUGACACCUCCACUUAUUGCUUCCAAUUUGCCUGAACUUUUUAAUUCACUGCCAAUUCAUGGCCAACCAGAACCUGCAAUAGACCUAAAAACAUUUCAAGAAAAUAAGAUCAGGGAAUUUGUGGGUAGGGAAUUGCGUGAUUGUGAAUUCGAAAAAUUAGUGGCUUUCUGCAACCCCAAACAUCUGCUAACUGGAAACGAAGUAAGAAUGCCAACAGCUUAUCCAACCACAGUUGCCUAUUCAUCACAUGAAGAUCAAAAAAUUGAUGAUGAUACCAACCUCAAUAUUCUGAAAAAGCUAAAAGUGAGAAUCGAUAAUGACAGAAAUAACCUCUAUUCAAAAAGAUUGAAGUACAGGGGUGUUAGAGUACUACCUCCGCCAAAAGAUGAAGACUCAACAGAGUCUGAACAAUUAUUGAUGCCGGGAAAGGAUGUAUUAUAUCAAGUAAGGCUAUAUAGACCCUUCCACUGCUCACUAAAAGAGAGACAGGGUUUCCGUUACACCGUGUUCAGCAAUGACUUGGUGUUAUUAGGGCGGCAUUAUCUCUCCGAUUUACGGGACCGCAUCAGUUGCCCCAACGAUUCAGCUGCCAACGUGGACGUGUCGGAGAACCCGGAUGAAAUCCCGGCCGCCUGCUCCAAGGAUAUCUUCCCGUCGUCGUUCCUGUUCAUUAGCAACACGUUCUACGUGGACGAGCGGCCCGGCUGCAAGGACAUCAGCCGCGUGGUCCGUGACUGGGCCGAGCGGAAGAAGAUCGGGCGCUUCCUUACGCGCAGCAUGAACACCACACGUCUCCGGGACGUCGACGUCAGACUGGGGCAUCCUGACGUGUUCGUGCACCAGGGCAACUGCGAGCACCUGCUGACGUUCUCGGUGGUGCGCCUGCUGUCCGCCAUGGACGUGCUGCGUCCGUCGCUGUACCCGCACCACACGCAGCUCACCAGCUCGCAGACCGUGUACUGCGCGUCGUGCGCCGAGUUCGCGAGCACGUGGCUGGUGGGCGGCUGCGAGCGCGUGCCCUUCGACCCCACGUUCUUCUGCGACACGUGCUUCCGCCGCUACCUCUACAAGGACGGCAAGAAGAUCUGCGAGUUCAAGGCCUUCGCCUACAAGGGCUACUUCGACUUCAACGUGCUCAAGCCGAUGGCGCGGUAACCCGCUGCCGCCCAGCCUACAAUCCUCAUCAUUUGGAUGUAUUGUGGUCAUCCACACGUUUUUAUCGGACAGGAGAAGCGAACACGCCACCUCAUGGUAGUCUCACGAAAGGAAAUACAAAAGCUGUUAACCCGCCAGCACUCGCGCCUCAAGAAAUUACAUCAGCACUCGCGUGUAGAGCAUUUUGCUCACGUUUAUGAAUGUCAAUAAAUGCAAGUUUUACCAAAAAUAUGAAUAAAAAAAUAUUUUAUUAAAUAAAAUACACAUUAUUUAUUCUACAAAAUAUAUAUUGAAAAAUUUAACAAUAUUAAUCUUUUUUAUUUUAAUUAACAAUCAUAGGAACUAAUUUGCCAGUCUUGUAAGGCAGUCUUACGGAAAAAAUGAAAAAAAAAAUUAAAAAUAAAAAACUUCUAAACUAAGUAUAAAUAAUUAAUCUUCGUCAUAUACGCGAGCUUUACACAUAUCACAUAAUGUACGACUAUGCUCGGUACAUAAAAAUUUUUGACAAUAAAUGCAGCUCUUUUUGGUCUUGCGAUUUUUGCGUCUUGGGCAAACCGCGCAGAUACCACUUGGUUUUUCUUCUUCUGGUAACUCAGAUUCUGGUACAAAACGUUUGAUCACUUGCUGCAGAGGAUAUGAAAUAUUUUGGAAGGUGCUUCUUCUUUGGAUAUGUGGCUGUAUUAGUUGAAGAGCUAGUUGUUUCAAGUAGUCUCUGCGCGUGAUGAUUAUACCCGUAUUUUCUUUGUAAAUGAUUUGACUGUUGAUUCCGGCUAUGUUUAGGAUCGUGAAAAAUAAUCUCAGCGGCCAUCUACAUGCCACUCUUGCCACAGAAUACUCUUCUUUUAGUCGAUCACAACAUCAACACCUCCUUUCGUUUUAUUAUAAAAGGUGAUAAUUUCGGGUUUCGCGUUAGUUCCAGUAGUUGGAUCGAUUCGGUCGUCGUUAUGAAGUGUACUUAUCAUAAGAACAUUUUUUUAAUUCUUUUUGUUUGGUACGUAAGACACCAGAACCUUGCUCUUAUGAAAACCAAAGAUACUACUAGGUUUUGGUCUUUGUUUGAUGUCGAGAAAAAAUGGUGGAAUUUCCCUUUUAUUUUUCCUAAGUGUACCAACGAUAGUAGUCCGUGCAGCUAGUAAUUCAUCGGCCAGUGGAAUCGAUGUAAAAUAAUUGUCAGCCGUAAUAUUUCUGCCUGUAUUCAAAAUAUCUUGUGAUAAAAGGUUCACCACUGCAGAUGCAGUAUUAUCAUAUUUGUGUGGACCGUUCGGUUGCUUUCCCGGGUAAAUUUUUAAGUUACUUGUAUAAAAAUUCUUUGAAUCACACAAAGCAUAUACUUUUAUACCAUACUUAGCUGGUUUGUUUGCUAUAUACAUGCGGAAUUUGCAUCGUCCUCGGAACGAUUCGAGCAUUUCAUCUAUAGUGACGUUCUCUCCUACUUGGUAAUUGGCUCGGCACUUUGCGAUAAAAGAUUCGAAUAAUUCACGAAUUGGAGCAAUAUUGUCAUACUUUGACCUUUCGGAGCGGGAGUUUAUGUCAUCGAACCUUAUAGCUCUCAUCAACAAAAGGAACCUAUUGCGACUCAUAGCAGCUCUAAAAAUAUCAGGUGCCGUGCCAUCUUUGUCCCACAUCUCUUUCAAAUUUAAGUGAUUCAUCUUUUUUAUACCAGCCAUGUACAAAAUACCAAUAAAGGCUUUUAGUUCUACAAUAUCAAUCUCUUUGCAAUCUCUCUCCCUUGAGAAUUGGUCCUUGAUUUUUCUAAUGUGGAUAUUUGUAAAGCGAACUAUAUCAGUCAGCAUUUCUUCACUCACAAAGAGGAGAAAACAAUCCAUUAUAGUGUUAGCAUUUUUAGCCACUGGUUUUACCCCUGGUUGUUUUUCGACAAUGUUGUGAGCUCUUGUUCUCACAUUGGAACGAAGUGGAUUAUAGGUCCAUUUUGUACACCCAUCUUUGCCUAAGUAACACAGCUGAUUGCCCAGUGAAAUUGAAGAAACCUCACCUUCUACUUCCGAUGACGAUUGUUCGGUGUUAGUAGAAUGAUGACUGUGCUCACUGUCUCUAUCGCUUUCAAUAUCAUCGGCUCUAAAAGACGGGUCCUCAAUGUCUUCUAAAUCUUCCUCCAUCAACCAUGGAAAAACUUGUUCGUCUCUUUGAUCACGAUCCAUCUAUAAUAGAAAUACAUAAUAGAUUACUAUUUCAGUAAUGUAAAAUCAUAAUAUUACAUAAAAGUAGCAGUUAAACUGUCUUUAAGAUGAAAAAAAAUUAAGUCAUGAGUAAAAAAAAGGAGGUACUUACGUCGAUACCCGCGCGAUGAGCAAAACGCCGCCUGAUGGUACACGGCGUAACAAACCACCUCGUCCAAGUGACUGGCGCACACUGGCGAGAAGUGAACUGCAUACAGGGGUGGGGGACGGAAUAAAACACAGCUACCAAAUGAACGAUGUACGUACGAAUAAAUUUGACAAAAUGGCGCGUGUUUUAAAUUUGCUGUGAGCAAAAUGCUCAUAGCGCGAGUGCUCGCGGGUUAAUAUUGGUGGGACUUGGAAACACCCCUACACACGACCUAAUGGUUCGAGCUGAUACGAUACUGACACUUAUGGGCAAUAGAAUGUCUCGUAUAAUUGGCGAGUUGGAGGCACGCAGCUUGUUCGUACCCAAUUUGGUUACCACAUUGCGAUUUUUAGGGACCUUUCUUCACAUACAAACAAACUGAAUGUCCCUUGACGAUGUUUCCAGGACGAUAGGACAUGAGUACCUCCGAAAUACGCUUAUGGAAAGUCAUCGACGUACCUGUAAAGCUUCAGUUGUGGUCAUUUAUCAACAACGAGUUUAUUUCAUUCCAUAAAGGGAGUAUUAUUGGAAACUUUAUAUCGUUUUAUAAAUCGCAGUAAUUAAUCGUACCUAAAUCCGAACUAGUGCGCACUCUCCUGAUCUAAGAAUGCUUACAAUAGGUAAUGACAGAUUUGUUUUCUUCUUUAAUAAUGUUGAUACACGUUUACUAUUUUAUUAUUAAUUUUUAUAGAUCUGCUUACAAUUACGCCCGAAAAAGCUCAGUGUCAUGGCGGCCGGUUAUGACGUCACGCUUCAGAAAUCAAUGAUAGGGCGUAAUAUUGCCUACAGUAAAACUUCAAGCGAAGCGGUGCAUCAUUACAAUGUUUAUAUUUAUAUUAAAGCACGUUCGUUUUUUUAAAUUCUUUCAUUAUAGAUUUUUUCUUAAAACCAUCCUUUAAUUCUUUAUUAGUGUCACAACCCCAGUGAGGAUACGAAUAUUUUUCAUCAACUUUGUUAAAUCUUAUUGCGAAUACCUUUCAAAACUUCAUCAUGCUAAAGCAAAAAACAUUAAAUAAAUGCGAAAACUUGCAAAAAUAAAUAGCUGUAAAAUUGAUAUUAAAAGAAUUGCAAGAAAUAAUA